UGCUACCGCCAAGUCGGCAAAUAUCAUUUGAAGGUGUGGCUAAGAGGAGCGUGCUGUAAGUAUAUAAAGUCGACUGCUCAAUUAUAACCAAAACACUCAGCGAAGACAGCAACAUGGCAAAGUUGCAACAAAUCUUGACGUUUGGAUUGCUCCUUGUUAGCAUACGAUUCCUGGAGGCACAGGAGGCGGAGGAAGAUGACCUGAUUGAUCUGUCUGAAAUGGGCGACGCCAUUUUUGGCACACCGGACAAUGAAACGACAGGAGCACUGGUGGACGCAUACGACGCACAAUCGGAGCAGAAUCCCGAGGAACUGGGCACUUACCACGAGGGAGACAUUCUAAUACCACUCAAUUAUCGUGACGCUCGUACGGAUGACACACGGAAUGGCCUGCUGGCGCUGAGCACACGCUGGCCCGGCGGUGUGGUGCCCUACGAUAUCAGGGGAACAUUCGCUAGCCAGGAGCUGGGUGUCAUUCAGCAUGCUUUCAAUGAGUACCACCUAAAGACGUGUGUCCGUUUCAAGCCGCGCACCACCGAAAGGGAUUACAUAUCGAUUGUGAAUGGCAAGUCGGGUUGCUGGAGCUCCAUUGGACGAUUAGGUGGUCGCCAGGAGGUCAAUCUGCAGUCACCGAAUUGCCUGCGCACCUAUGGAACGCCCAUCCACGAACUGAUGCAUGCGCUGGGCUUCCUCCACGAGCAGAAUCGUCACGAACGGGAUGGCUAUGUCCAGGUGCUCAGCGACAAUGUGAAGCCCACAAUGAUGGCCAACUUUGAGAAGGCCAGCCCCAAGACACACUGGGGCUUCGGUGUGGAGUAUGACUAUGCCAGUGUGAUGCACUAUUCGCCCACCAGUUUCACCCGGAACGGACAACCCACUCUCCGGGCAUUGCGCAGCAGUUCCGAUGCACACCUGAUGGGUCAGCGUCGUGGCUUCUCGGCGGGCGAUCUGCGCAAGAUCAAUGCCAUGUACAAAUGCAAGGUGUAAAUUCAUUGAUUUAUUAACAAAAACGAAAUACAAUUCUAUAUAACAAU